AUGGCUCUCGACAAUGUUCCAUCCCAGGAUGGUUCAACUAGUCCGGCCCCGACUCAAUCGACUAGGCCUCGAGCUUACAACCCUGCCAUCGCAAAGUACUUUCCGUUAAACUUCAAGCCAGAGCUGGUUGUCCACCCCGAUCCGAUCACGCUUUAUCUUGCAUUCUUUGGGAAAUGGGCUUGGAAGCGUUAUGUUGGACAACAAAUCAUGGAACGUGUGGAAAAUUUCUAUAUUGUCACGAAUCGCUGCGUAACGCAGGAGGAACUGGACGCAUUCACCACCAUCGACUCACGUUCACUCUACCAGAAGAAGAUAGGUAUACCAGUCUCGGCCUUCCUCGGCACCGCAUGGAACUACAGAAAGAUUCGCAAGUCGAUAUUCUUCCAUCCGGACCAAACACCCAUGCAGUUCCUUCGUUCAUCUGCGAGUCUGUUCAGAGUCGAUCCUACUUUCCGAACCUUUAUGUCCAAAAUUGGCUUCAAUAUGUUCUUCUGGACGUUCACAGGUUCGCUUAUAUCUCUAAUAUGGGGUUCAGUUAAUGCACACGAUGCUAUUGUCGCGGACUCCCGAUUGGGUGCAUGGAUUGAGGAUGCAUUCAUUGAGGAACGCAAAACGAUGACGACCUCAGAGGCAAUUCGAAAACGCUCCUAUAUUGCGCAGCAAGUCAUCCAUGCGAGGCUUAAUGGUGAGCCAGUUCUCGCACAAAAAGUGGUAGAGGCCUUAGAUCGUGGUUUUUCUUAUGAUCAGGGUCAGGAUGGAUAUGAUAACUCGCCAACGGCGACUAUGCCUGACGAGACCUACAAUACUUCUCAAACAGCAAGCUCAUCCAGCCCAGUAUAUCAGCAGCAGUCGGUACCGCAGCAUAUAGACGUUAGACCCUCUUCUCAGUCAGACUCGGAUGCAACCGAUUUUUUCUUGGGUGGUAGCGAUAAUGACGCUAGUCCAACAGCUAAGGAAUACCGGGGCAUAAACUCCAAUGAAUAUUCAUCUGGAAGUGUCUGGGCCCGCAUUCGACAGCAAACUUCCCGGCCUACUUCACAGCCCACUGCACAGCGUCAGACCAACGUCUCAUGGAGCCAAUCAGACCAGAAUCUCCCAGACCAGGAAGAGAAUGCGGCUGCUACCAACCAAGCUCGAUUUAAUUAUGAGAGGGAUCAGGAGAAGAAGCAGGCUCGGGUGGAAUUCGACCGCAUGAUGGAAGCUGAGCGAAAUGCUUCUAAAGAUGUAUCUGAACGGAAGUGGUGA